AUGGCGUCACUACCAGCGCCCGGGAGAAGGGCAUCCGCCAGCGCCGGGCCACGCCCCCGCAGCGGUCCCGGCCCCUGCUGCACCUGCGUCAUGAACAUGCCACUAAUCUGCAGACUCUGCACGGAGAGCCCGGCGGCGUCCAUCGCGGGCGCAGAGGCGGACACGCCGGGGCUCCUGGAGACGGCGAGGGCGGCCCCGACGAAAUUCGCCACCGCGUUUUCGUCCACUGCCCCCUCCACGCCAGUCGUGGACUGCGCCGUUGGCGGCGACGAUAUCGUCGACGGCGACGGCGAAGCGAUGGGCUGCUGCGGCUCAUCCUCCUCCUCCUCCGCGCGCCGCCGCGUUCUACUGCCACUAUACGACUGUCGCGCCGCACUAAGCCUGGCAGAAAUGCCACGAAAGAAAGACGCGGCGUCGUGGCUCAUCUCCUCUACUUCGCCUCCCCUACUUUGCGUUUCGCCCGCCAACAGUUGA